AUGGUAGGUUACGGUAUUGUGGCAUUCGGGCAUUGUAGGUUACAAUUGUGACUUUUGGGUACUGUAGGUUACAGUAUGAUGCCUAAUUUAGGUCUGUGCAACAAAGGUAACAUCUUUUCCUAAACUCUCUUUCAUCUACAUACAAUCGUGUCGCGUUACCGCGUAAAAUACAAUAACGUAUAUCUAAAUCGAGCACUCAAAUCAGUCUUCUAACCUCCUCAAUUUUACCGUAUUCACAGUCACGUCAAUGCUCAUGUCAUGUGCGUGUUUUGCCGUAGCCAUUUCUAAUUACCUGUUCCAGUUUAGCUAACACCCUUGAAGAGUAUGCCUUCAACUCAAGCGCACCAAGUGGAUGAGGCUGGUGCCAAGAAGAAGAUGCCGGACAAUGAUGAAGAUCAUGAUCCUGGAGCGUAUUACGUCGACGAACAGGAGGAGCGACGAACCGAAUCCAUCUCCAUCACCGUGCCCGAGAGUUCGUGUGGCUCGGAAAAGACGUUCAACGAUCUCCAGUACCGUGCUACGGACAUGCCUCACUGGAAGGAGGCGUUGUUCCUUGGUUUUCAGGUAGGUUUGGCAUCUUUUGGUGCAAUUUUUAAGACAGUUGGAGGUGGUUUUCACUUAUUGUUCCAUAUUUUUGUAAAAUACAGAGUAAAGACAUACCUUUCUUAAAAUACCGUCCAAAUAUAUUGUCGUAUCUUUCCAGCAAACCAUGGUGUGUAUCUCCGGAAUCCUUGUCAUUCCCCAUCUGGUGGCCGAGGUGGCCUGUGCCGGUCUUUCCACAAUCGCUUUACGUGUUCAACUGAUCUCAACCACUCUUGUCGUUACCGGAAUCACAACCCUGAUCCAAACCACUCUCGGACUUCGACUAGCCAUUCUUCAAGGACCUUCUUUCGCCUUUAUUCCACCGCUGUUCGCCUUCAAAGACCUGCCUGGAAUGCAAUGUAAAGCCACGAUUCAUGACGAUGUCCCUGAAGCCGAUUACUUGUUUCGAAUUCAGACGGUAGGUUCUUCUUCACAAACUGUAGCAAGUGUCAUAGCUGUUUAUAUAUAAACAGAAACGAAGACAACAUCAACCAACCUCAAUGUCUGAUGGGUAAUAUAACUUAAUCUUUUAGAUUCAAGGCAGUUUAGCUGGGGCGGCUCUAAUGUUGAUUCUUGUUGGUGCAACUGGUCUUAUUGGUAUCAUAGCUCGUCGCACCGGCCCAAUAACAAUUUGCCCUCUAAUGGUACUGCUAUGCCUUGGUAAUGCUCCAUUGGUACUCGAAAAGUCGGAAUUACAUUGGAUCUCCAUCAUGUAAGUGUAACAUACUGUUAAGUGUUUAAAUAAUUCUGUGCUCCCUAACUUCGAAAGUUUGCUUUGAAGGGGAGCACAGAAUUAUAUGAACUACCUGAAAAACCAAAAAUAACGUAAAACAUGUUUGUACGUUAGAACAAUCAACAAUAGUCAAAAUGAAAGUACAGCUUUGACUGAAGUACUAAAAGUUUUAUUUCAGCCAGUUCGCUGUGUUAUGUAGCUUCGCUUUGUUUUUGUCCGAAACCGAGAUCCCGUUACCUUACUUCAACCUAAAGGGUAUACAGUUCGUCAAGUACCGAUUGUUCGGACAAUUUCCGGUAAGUUUUUACACUUUUUUCUAAUCUAAAACAAUAUAAAUCUACGUUGCUUAUUACUAGAUAAGACAUCCUAUUGUAAAUUCGUAUGAGCAGUUGCCUAAUCAUGUAUUUGCAGUAUCUGAUCUCCAUCAUCUUGACCUGGCUAUUCGCUUUAUUCUUGACUGUCACCAACAUCGAGAAGCCGGAAGGUCCAGCUCGUGUCGACCAAAACCAGUCCAUGAGUGUUCUGAUGGGAUCACCUGUAUUCCAAAUCCCGUAUCCUGGUAGGUUUCCGAGUCAUCGCACUAUCACUACUAUUUUUUGAGAACAGUUACCUAUUUUUUGCUUUAAAUUUUGAAAAAACACCGCUUUAAACACUUUAUAGGUAAAAGAUUAUAAUCGAUUCGCGUUCUAGGCCAAUUCGGUUUGCCAAAGUUCAGCGUCGGCCUAUUCCUGGGAAUGUUGGCAUCCUGCGUAGCUUGCUCAGUAGAAAGUCUUGGGGCCUACGGUGUUUUGGCCCGAGUUUCUCAGGAAAAACCUCCACCAUCCUCAACAUUGAACAGAGCUAUUGUUGUUGAAGGCCUCGGAUGCUUUCUCGGAGGACUGAUGGGAUGUGGAGUUGGAGUAACCACGUAUUCCGAGAAUGUAGCUGUCGUAUCGUUGACUCGCGUCGCUUCCAGAUACACCAUGCAGAUUGCUGGAGGCAUGCUCAUGUUCCUUGGUAUCUUCACUAAAUUUGGAGCUGUCUUGGCUACCAUUCCCGACCCAAUUGUAGGCGGUACUCUUGGAAUGGGCGUCUGCAUGAUCUGUGGAUUGGCUUUUUCGAAUUUGAGGGUAAGUUUAGUCUGAGUGAAGCAUGAAUGCGACACGGACAACUAAGAGUUAAUACAACGUUAAACAACGAUACCUAUAAUUUAUUUUCAGACGGUCGACCUGACCAUCUCCAGAAACCUUACCAUCGUCGGUAUGGCUAUCAUUAUGGGGGUGGUAAUCCCAGACUACGCUCAUUCUCAUCCAGUAGAUACUGGUAUAGAUGAAGUCGAUCAGAUGUUGAACAUCCUACUCCAAAUCAAAAUGUUCGUUGGUGGUUUAAUCGCAUUCAUCUUGGACAACAUCGUGCCUGGCGCUACUCGUGAACAACGUGGCUUCGAAAACUUCAACGAAGCUCCAGUAGAGAACACUAACGGAGCCGAUAAUGGAGAUCAAACAGCACGAUACGAAGAUUGUGGCACUCCGAUGGAUGGUUACGCUUUCGGCAGACAAAUCAACAGCUUCAUCCUGAGGAACAAAAUGGUACACAGCUUACCGUUCAUGCCUUCGAAGCCGAGGUUAGAAGCCACCGUGACAAAGCAAGAUGAUGUGCCACCGAAGGUGGAACCAAUAGAUGUUACUAAAGCAGAACAAGCAGCAGCAUAA